GAGCAACACAGCAUCUCCGCCAUUUUCAUUUCCCUAUCACUCGCCACUCUCCUCUCACUCGCCACUCGAUCUCACUCGAGGCCAUGAGCAGAGCCGCGCUGCUCCGUAGACUAAUCCACUGCCGCCGCAGCGUCGUCAUCAGCAGCAGGGACAGCAUCGAACCAGUCCAUCAGCAGCUGCAGCUUCAGCGUCAGCUGAUCCAGCUCCGCCAUUUUUCUAAUCCCCACCGGGGUUAUCAUAAUCCCAGUCCCGAUCUCGCCGGCGCGCGCGCGUUAACUAAAUUAUCCCCGCCAUGGCCACGCCGCCCGCGCGCCCCGUUUACUUCGCCUCCUCUCCUCGGCGUGGCAUCCCUCUCCUUCUUCUCCAGCCUUGUGGGAAGAGAGAAGAAGGAGGAGGCGGAGGUGCUGGACAUGGACGCCGGCACGGUGCGGUGCGCGGCCAACUACGCGCCGCUGACGCCCAUCAGCUUCAUCGAGCGCGCCGCUGCCGUCUACGGCGACCGCCCGGCCGUGGUGUACGGGGAGGCGCGGCCGACCACGUGGAGGGAGACCCGGGAGCGCUGCGUCCGCGUGGCCGCCGCGCUCGCCGCACGGUUCGGCGUCUCACGGGGUGAUGUGGUCGCUGUCCUCAGCCCCAACGUGCCGGCGAUGUACGAGCUACACUUCGCCGUGCCAAUGGCCGGCGCGGUGCUCUGCACGUUCAACACGCGCCACGACGCGGCCAUGGUGUCCGCCCUGCUAAAGCAUUCCGGCGCCAAGGUGUUCCUCGUCGAGUCGAGCCUCAUCCAAGUCGGGAGAGCGGCCCUGAAGCGCCUCGCGGCCGACGCCGCCAGCCUCCCGGUCCUCGUAACCAUCUCGGACGACGCCGACCCCGCCGGCUGCACGGACUACGAGGGACUCGUCAGGGACGCCCCGCCGCAGUUCGACAUCCGGUGGCCGGAGAACGAGCUGGACCCGAUCGCGCUCAACUACACGUCCGGCACGACGUCGCGGCCCAAGGGCGUGGUGUACAACCACCGCGGCGCGUACCUCAACACCGUCGGCACGGUGCUCGCCUACGACAUCACGCACAUGCCGACGUAUCUGUGGACGGUGCCCAUGUUCCACUGCAACGGCUGGAACCUGCCGUGGGGCGUGGCCAUGCAGGGCGGCACCAACGUCUGCCUGCGCCACUUCACCGCCAAGGUCAUCUUCGACAGCAUCGCGCGGCACGGGGUGACGCACAUGGGCGGCGCGCCGACGGUGCUCAACAUGAUCGUCAACGCGCCGGCCGGGGACCGGAGGCCGCUGUCGGGUACGGUGCGCGUCAUGACGGGCGGCGCGGCGCCGCCUCCCCGCAUCCUGUUCGGGAUGGAGGGGCUCGGCUUCGCAGUGUACCACAUCUACGGCCUCACUGAGACGUACGGCCCGGCCACCGUGUGCACGUGGAUGCCGGAGUGGGACGCGCUGCCGGGCGAGGAUCGCGCGCGGCUCAAGGCGCGGCAGGGGUUCCACCACAUGGCGAUGCAGGACGUCGACGUCAAGGACCCAGCCACCAUGGAGAGCGUGCCGCUCGACGGGAAGACGGUGGGCGAGGUGAUGUUCCGGGGCAACACCGUCAUGAGCGGGUACUACAAGGACAUGGCCGCGACCAAGGAAUCCAUGGCCGGCGGAUGGCUGCGCACGGGCGACCUCGGCGUGCGGCACCCGGACGGGUACAUCCAGCUCAAGGACAGGGCCAAGGACAUCAUCAUAUCGGGCGGCGAGAACAUCAGCUCGAUCGAAGUGGAGUCGGUGAUCUUCAGCCACCCGGCGGUGCUCGAGGCGGCGGUCGUGGCGAGGCCCGACGACCACUGGGGGGAGACGCCGUGCGCCUUCGUCGAGCUCAAGGAUGGCGCCAGUGCCACGGAAGCAGAGAUCAUAGGGUUCUGCCGGGAGAGGCUGCCGCAUUUCAUGGCGCCCAAGACGGUGGUGUUUGAGGCUCUGCCGAAGACUUCGACGGGGAAGACGCAGAAGUUUGUGCUCCGGGAGAAGGCCCGGGCAAUGGGCAGCCUGACGAAGACCACCGGAAACAGCAAACUGUAACAUUUGUUCGUCUGAAUCGAACACUUGGUGUGUGGUUGCACAAUGCAUUUUCAGAGACUGCGAUGUUGCCGUAAGAUUUACCAUGGCAUUUUAGUGGGUAUUAACCUGGGAAUGUUCGAGAUUUUCUCGUGGUACAAAAGAAAGUUCUGCUUGAUGGUUUCCUUGAAAAUAAAAAAGACAAAUUUAUUUGGAA